GCCAAUCAGAAGGCGCCUUGAUCAGGGUGAAAGUUCACCAAGAUGGCGCUACGUUGUUGUGCGGGGUUCGGGCGGGCCUAUGUCCGGUGGUGUGGGGCUCCUCUGGACAACUCGCUGUGCCGACAUGUCAGCCUACAUGUCCCGGAAGGGCGCAGAAGUCCAACGGUUCAUCUCAGCUGGAGAUCUAUUUCAACUGACAGACAAGGAGACAAACAGCACAAUGGACCAUCAUCUAUGUUAUCCCUGUAUGUGAGACUGAAUGACAAGAUAGGACAGUUGUUACAGAGAGCACACCCUACUGCUGGCAAGGUGUAUGUGCAAUUUAUAAAUGGUGCUGUUCAGUCCUGGAGAGAAGGGAAAACUGCAGCCGGGAUCAUGAGACACAAGCACACCUUGGGGAGGGGCUACGCCAGGCUGACGUGGCGGGAGGUGGACUGCUGUCGACAGUUCAAACUGGAUGUGCUGAAGACAUUACCAGUGUUCCUGUUAGCAUCACUGCCCUUUAUAUGGCUGCUGGUGUUACCUCUCAUUUACUUUUAUCCCAAACAGCUGUUGAGCUCGCAAUUUUGGUCAGCAGGGCAGAGAGUGACUUUCUUCAACAGUUACCACAUGGAGAGAGUGGCAUACUACCCUAGCAUUCUACAAGCUCUGCACAGAAAAGCACAUCGAGUAGAGGACUUCAGAAAUAGAACAAAACUGCAAGAAUUGUGUUCAAAUGCAUUAAGAGAGGAGAGUCCUUCCACUGCAGCCAUCAUGAGGGUCCGUCCCACAUUCUCACAUCCUGGGCUGCACUUUAACAAACUCUCCAGGACACAGUUGGCCUGGCUGAGUCGUACCCUGCUGCUGACCCCCUACCUGCCCAAACUCCUGCUGAGGAGACGUCUGCUGAAACACCUGGAGGAUGUGCAUGCCAUGGACCGGGGGAUCCAACAGGAGGGCCUCAGUACACUCAGCACACAGGAGCUACGCAAGGUCAGUACACUCAGCACACAGGAGCUACGCAAGGUCAGUACACUCACCACACAGGAGCUACGCAAGGUCAGUACACUCACCACACAGGAGCUACGCAAGGUCAGUACACUCACCACACAGGAGCUACGCAAGGUCAGUACACUCAGCACACAGGAGCUACGCAAGGUCAGUACACUCACCACACAGGAGCUACGCAAGGUCAGUACACUCAGCACACAGGAGCUACGCAAGGUCAGUACACUCAGCACACAGGAGCUACGCAAGGUCAGUACACUCAGCACACAGGAGCUACGCAAGAUGUGCUACAUCCGUGGAGUGGACAGCAUAUCCUGGUCCAGAGACACAUGUGUGGAGUGGUUGACACAGUGGCUGCAGAUAUCUACACAGCUACAAGCUUCAGAGCUCUGUCUGCUUGUCCACUGUAUGGUGUUCCUAUCCUCUGGACACUCACAUGUCAAGUAGACACAACUACCUCUAUAGACAGACACCCAACAAAUUAAUGUUAAGUCAUCAUGACUUGAUUCAGUGUCAACUCAAAAACCAACAAUAAAUAUUUAUUUAUGGACCCACAGCCAGCUCAAGCCAUCCUCUCUAAGGACUUGUUUAGAGUUUUGAAAAGUUGGAUAGUAAAGAAUGUUGACCAAAAUAUGUUUUCACUGUUAUGGAAUUAUGGAGUUAUGUCAUGGAAUGUAAAAAAUAUACAAGACCUUAUUAUUAUUAGUUAGGGACCAGUUUUCAGAAGUUACUUUUGUACAUGCACAUAAAUUUUUCAAAGGUUUUAUGCAUACAUGUACAAUGUAUGGUCUAACACAUCAUUUCAUACUUGUAUCUAUCUGUGCCCCUGGAAGAUGUGUUGAAGAUAUUUGAAAGAAUACAUAGUAACUGUCAUGGAUAAACUUGUGGGGAAGGAGUGAAGUACGUAUUUAUUCGAAAUAUAAUGUUCAGAUUUAAUGUGAAAAUGUCAAUGUGCAAUGUGUUACAUGAUAAAAAUUGAAUGAACAAUCACGUUCUCUAUGUACA